CGGGUAGCUCCCACGAUCCUAAUGCGAACUAAUUCAGGUGCAAUGGUGGAUAUGAGGCUCAGCUGAAUUGCUGGAUCUCCGCUUGGCAGUCCAGCAUCGUAUCACUUUCUGCUGUAUUCUACUCCGCUACAGUUGACUUCCUGUAUAUCUUCCAUUACUAUUCGCACCUGCAGAUAUUGUUCGCAUCAUGGCUACCAGAGAGCCAGUCCGCCAACUCCCUAUCGAGCUUGCUGGUAUGAAGACUCCCGUUGAGCCUACUCCCGUAAAACCUACUCCCGUAAAACCUACUCCCGUAGAGCAUCGUCCUAGGGAUCCAGAGCGUCACUUCUCCAUCGAAGUUACUGAUGACGUAAUUUCUCAACACGAGCCUUUGUAUGGCGUUACUAAAGAGUAUGCCGAAGCGUUUUACGAUAUAGCUCAGCUUCCCAUAGAGCGAGAAGUCUUCAAACGUGGCGUGAUCGCGCUUCGACACCAACCUGAACUACAGCACAAGUUUAUUGAGGACAUGGAAGCGGAGAGCAUUGAAAAGGAGAAAGUCAAAGAUAAUCCGCUUGCUGAUCACACGCCGCAUAAACCCAUUCCUCUCAGGAUCUUCGAUCUCGAAUACACAGAACUCGAGAGCGAGACCUUAUAUGCGGCAUGGACCAAGACUGAGAAGAUAAGCAGUCAGUGGGAGACUUUCAAGAACCUUUCAAGGUUGCAUCAUCUACUGAUAGUGACUUGUGUAUACGCAGCAAUGACACAAGGUUGGGAUCAGGCUGCCAUGGCAGGGGCUGCCAUCGAGGUGAUGAAGGACCUCGGUAAACCGAUCAUAAGCAGUCAUCCUGCUAUCCCCACUCGACGCGCAGACAAUGGCGGCCCCAACAUUGGCCUGGACCACAACACGUGGCUUCUUGGAUUGACGGUUGGGGUUCCCUUCUUUGCUGGGGCCAUUCUCGGCUUACUCAUGACGGACCCCAUCACUUCGGUCUUGGGUUUUGGGCGUCGAGGAGCCAUAUGCGUUGCUGGUGUCCUCAGCUUCGUAUCUGUUAUUGGCUCUGCAUCAGUAAACAAAUGGGAGCAUCUCUUAGGUUUUCGGGUUCUGCUUGGAGCUGGUAUGGCAGGUAAGGCAUCAAUUGUGCCUAUCUUGCUGUCAGAAACCUCACCUAUGAAUAUACGCGGUAUAUUGCUCGUGUUCUGGCAGCUCUUCGUUGCUUUUGGGCUAGCCGCUGGCUCGAUUACGAACUUCAGCGUUUACCGUCUGGAUACUGACUCCAGUUGGCGAUAUAUGUUCAUCGCAGCGUUCAUUCCUGCUCUUCUCUUGCUCUCUCUAGUCCUAUUCUCACCUGAAUCGCCACGGUGGCUCUUGAAAGAGAGUGGUGCCAGGGCGGGCCGCGACAACGAGAUGAUGCAUCGACGAGCAAUGAUCCAGCAAGCCUACAAAUCACUCGUCGAUCUUCGCGGCGAAGCUAGCCCAGUGCUGGCUGCUGGAGAGAUCUUCUUACUGCAUCGGCGUUUGAUCGAUGAACAGGGCAUACUCAAGCACUCAUUAUCUUCUAAAAGACGUGAGGAGAGAGAAAGAGUAGAUCCUGUGCUAGGCGAAGUUGUCGGUCACAUCGGCUGGUGGCCACGGUUGAAAUUGAUGUUCUUCCGGCGCGGUCCUGCCAGACGAGCACAUAUGGCUGCCGGCGCCGUUAUGAUCUCGCAACAGUUGUGCGGCAUCAACCUGAUCGCGUUUCUUGCUGACACCUUCUUCCGGUAUUCCUUCUUCCACCACGACCAUAAUACCAGUCCGAGCGAGAACGUUCAGCUGUUAGGCGCGUCCCUGGGCUUGAUGCUACUCAACUUUCUUGCAACUAUACCUGCACUGUUCAUCAUGGACAGAAGUAACGGCCGACGGCUCUCCCUUCUUUGUUCUUUUCCAUGCAUGGCCAUUUCGCUGUUGGGUGCAGCUUUGGUGCUGAAGGCCCCCGAAGCUGUAGCUGGUAAGCCGAAUGUCAGCACCAUCGCCAGUCAUUACAUUUUCCUAGCACUUUUUAUAAUUGCCUACUCUUUAGGAGCAGGUCCUGCAGCAUUUGUUGUCUCGGCGGAAGUGUUUCCGUUAGUUAACCGCGAGCUCGGAAUGAGCCUUGCAGUCUUCUGGAACUUUAUAGGAGCUGGCCUUCUAGCAGUCGUUGCCCCCUGGCUUCUCAAAGAGAUGGAUCAACUUGGCGUCCUUCUGCUCUUUGCUGGGCUCAACAUGAUCGCGUGGGGUCUCUGCUUCUGGUUGGUACCCAGCACCGGAAACGAGGUUCUUGAAGAUGUGCUUGCGGUACUCGAAAUACCUCUCGGUUGGAUGCUUGGCCAUCGAAUCCAAACCUUCUUGCAGAGGCCGUCCCAACUUCAUGAGUACCUUCGCGAGUAUGGACGUAAGGCCUGGGAAGAGUGCGGCUAUCUCGGCGAACCUGGAGGGCCUGUGGAGGAAUACAAGAAGCAUCGGGACAAACAAGAGAAGCAGCGCAAGCAGAGGACCGACAAUAGCGCGUGACGUCAACGAAGACAC